AUGAUGUUAUUGGACCUACUUCACAAAUUUCUCAACUUAGUAGCUCCUCCAUUUACCUUGUUUACUUUGUUGUUUUUGUUGCCACCUUAUCAAUUCAUCAAGUACAUCUUGUCAAUAUUGAGCACAGUUUACAGUGAGGAUGUUGCUGGCAAGGUUGUUGUCAUUACUGGGGCAUCCUCAGGCAUCGGCGAGGUUUUGGCCUAUGAAUACGCGAGAAGAGGUGCAUGCUUAGCCAUUGCAGCCAGAAGAGAGAAGAGUCUACUUGAAGUAGCCGAAAGGGCACUUGAUCUAGGCGCCCCGGAUGUUUUAGUCGUCCCAGCUGAUGUUUCAAACGUUGACGACUGCAGAAGGAUUGUUGAUAGAACCAUGAGUCACUUUGGACGACUGGAUCAUCUGGUUAAUAAUGCUGGAGUGACUGCAGUUGCUUUGUUCGAAGAAAUAGAAGACAUCACUAACUUUAGAUCCAUCAUGGACAUCAACUUCUGGGGUUCAAUUUACAUGACAAAGUUUGCGAUUCCCUACCUGAGACGUAGCGAAGGUAGAAUCAUUGUGCUUUCUUCUGCAGCAUCUUGGAUUCCUGCUCCAAGAAUGAGCCUUUAUGCUGCAAGCAAAGCAGCGAUGACACUGUUUUUUGAGGCGUUAAGGAUUGAAUUUGGACGGGACAUCAAAAUAACAUUGGUCACACCUGGCUAUGUUGAAUCAGAAAUGACACAAGGGAAAUUCAUAGACAAGACUGGCAAAGUAGAUGUUGAUCCUCAAAUGAGGGAUGUUCAAGUGAGCAUAAUCCCUGUGGUGAAAGUAGAAGAAUGUGCCAAGGCCAUUGUGAAUGGCGCUUGUCGCGGAGAGAGAUAUGUUACUGUACCAGCUUGGUUCAAGGUCACCUACUUGUGGAAGGUUUUCUUCCCAGAGGUUGUGGAGUGGAUUUUGAGGUUGUUGUGGCUUAGCAGUUCAGGAUCGUCGCCAGAGGACGCUUUAAGCAAGAAAAUAUUGGAUUACACUGGUCUACAAAAAGUGUUGUACCCUGAAAAUAUUCGGGAGCUCGAAUCUAAGAUCAAGUGA